AUGAAUCCUUUGUGUGAUUUGUGUUGUCAACGGGGCAAGACUGAAAAAGGUCAAUGUUCAGAUUAGAUUGCUGAGGUCACCAUAUAAGAAAGAUGAGCGCUGCCGUUAUCAACGACUGCAAAACCGUGGUUCAUCGAGUCGUCUUUUUUCGUGGUUUCAAGUCGUGUGAUUUCUCGUAAGAACUUUUCCAUCAACUUUUUUUUAUUUGUUCACCGCUCUUUGCGCGCAAACUCUCACUAAACCUGAAUAUUUUAAGAAAUGCGAAAUUUCAUUUUUUGCGUGGUUCUUUGUUUGACUUCCGCCACUGAACCACCAAUAGUUUCUACGAAGCUCGGUGACAUACAAGGCUUUCGCGUUCCGCAAAAAGGGGGAGGACAAGCUGAAGUCUUCCUGGCGAUUCCGUAUGCCAAGCCACCUGUUGGAAAUCUUCGUUUUGAGGUUUUUAAAAAUUUCACUGUUUUUAAAUAUUUCGACCAUUAAUUUUUAACUUUCACGAAAUGCAGAAACUGCAGUUAAAUCUCAUAUCAAAGAAUAUUGGAAGUUUAAAAAAUCCCGCUGCAAUAUUUUGCGGUUUCUCAAAAUUCAUCAAUAGUCUUUACUCGCGAUCCUAUCAAUUUAUCAAUUGAAAACUGUUUUCAUGAUUUGAAAAAAAUUUAAAUGAUUAAUGAAUGAUUGCAGCUGAACAAACCAAUGUCUGUUUAGAUUUUCUUCCUUGUGAACUUCCGUUCGAUGGUUGGGAAUUUCAGAAACCAGAGCCGUUGGAGCCAUGGAACGAUAUUUACUCGGCGACAACAUUCCGAAACAGCUGCACUCCUCACAUGCGUAUCGUGGCGCAGUUCAUGCAGCCUUCCGGUGAAGACUGCCUCACGCUCAACGUCGUCCGACCUCAGCACAGAGUAGUUUUCACUCAAGCACUCUGUUACUACCCGCAAGUCAGGAGGAGCUACUGCCGGUGCUCUUUUGGAUCCACGGCGGUGGCUACGAGAUCGGGUCCGCGGCUCAACAUGGCUAUCAGGUCUUUGCUGACAACUAUGUAGGCAAUGGAGUUAUCGUCGUCACAAUCCAGUAUCGUCUCGGAUUCAUGGGUUUUCUGAUCUAUCAUUUUUUUUUCAAAGUAGCAUUACAGGUUUUUUGACGGAUGGAACAAAAAACGCGCCCGGAAACAUGGGACUUUUUGAUCAAGCUGCUGCUUUGAAGUUAGUCAUUUUCCACUUUUUCGAAUCGCUUCUCUUCGGUUUAGAUUCGUUCAAGAUCAUAUUGAAGACUUUGGAGGCGACAAAAGAAAAGUUACGGUCUGGGGCUACAGUGCUGGAGGAGCAAGUGCUUCUCAGUUAACCCUGAGUCCGUACUCUAGAGGUUUUUUUUUCUCAGACUUCGACCUUCGAUUUUCAACAUAGAAUUGUUUUCCAAUGCGAUUCUGAUGUCGGCCAGUUCAUUCGUGUCAUGGGCCACUGGCUUGAAAGUUGUCGAAAAUUGUCAGUUGCUGGCCAAGGUACGUGGUUUUGCCAUUUCUCUUACUUUAAGUUGCUUCGAAAAAAUAAAUAAAAGCAUGUUUUUUUAAAAAGAGAAAUAUUUUCCGGUUGUCGGAUGUGAGACUGACCUCAAAGAAUGCCUGAAGCGAAAAACGGUGGAUGAAAUAUUUGAUGCCGUCGAUAAGAUCGUAAGUGCUCUCGAACUUCGGAAGGUAGUAGUAUUGUCAGGGUGGAACAACUCAAACAGCUGACUUCCUUCGGUUUGCCCCCGUCAUCGAUGGCGACUUCCUGCCUAAGCAUCCCUAUGAUUUAGUUGAAGAUGCCCCUAUCAAGCCCACUAUCAUAGGACUCAGCAGCAAGGAAUCAGCCUUUUUCAGUAAUUUAUUUUUCCUUGCUAUCAUCAAAACGUAAAAACAAGCUGUCAUGAACAACGGAGCCGUGUUGCAAUCGUUCGGUUUGUCAGCGGAAGAAAUGGCGAAAGUGGACAAAGACUACGUGGUUGACGUCAUUCGCAAAGUAAUCCGUUGAGACGAUUGUGCAUUAACUUUUUAUCAGAAACUCCUGUACGAGAAGAGAUUCGGAAAAAAUUUCGAGACCGUCUUGGAAGAGAUAUCCAACUUUUAUUUGAAACCAAAUGAACACCCAGAAGAUGGAGAUAACGCGUUUUACGUCGACAAAUACACAGAGGUUAGUUGGCUUCACCAUUCUUUUUUUUUUAAUUUUAAAUUUUUUGAAGAUGCUCUCGGACCUGUUUUUCAAUGUGGCGAGUGUUCGCGAAAUUAAUCGUAAACUGGAAGUGGGGACUCCAAUUUGGGCUUACAAGUUCGAGCACUUCAACGAUGGAAUCUUUGCUCCUCACAUUCCAGACCUCGCAAAAGGUUUGCUACAAGAAAUUAUCCGGCGCAAGUUUUUUCCUCAGGUUCUCCACACGGGAAUGAGUACCAGUAUCUUUUCGAAAUGCAGCUUUUCAGUGCUAUCAACAUGACAAUAGCGGACGAAAACGUCAAAAAAGACAUCACCGAAAUGGUGAUCACAUUUGCCAAGAACAGGUGAUUGAAACAAACGAGAAAAACUUUCCAAGGUUUUUAGAAAGCCCAAAGUCAGAGAUAUCAAGUGGGAUCAAGUGAGCGACCCUCACAACAUCCAUUAUUUGAGAUUCACGAGCGAUCCAGAAGUUGAAAAUGGCUUCUUCCAAGGUUGGACUUCAUUUAAUACUCAAAUAUGUCUUUAUGUUUUAAGAAGCGGACGAUUUCUGGAGAGAUUUAGCAAAACUCGGAUUCGACCUCAUCGAUCCAAUGUCGUCUCAUUCUUCCUUUUUGCGUAAAGAAGAGUUAUGA